AUGGGUAGACCUAUUGAAGAAGUCAGAGGUGAAGGGCCUAUAAGAGUCGCAAAUGAAGCAAAUGCGGUACUAUUAACUGGGACACCGGAAGACUAUUAUCAUGAUGGUACUAUGAAAAUAAGCCACUCCGAUAGGAUAAAGGAUGACCAGUAUCAAAUGACGCCUAGAAGCUGUUGCGAGAAAGAUGGGUUGGUCAACGAAACUUGUAACAUCCAGGCCGGAAAUAUAGUACUGUAUGUCAGCUUGUUUACGAAGGUGAACCAAGUUGAAGGCAUGGUAGAGAUAGAUGAUGGGGCCAGUAUAGACGAGAAUAUGAGUAAUGACGAAGGCGAUGUUUCAGAAUACGACGAUGAAGACUACGGGGAUUUGACAGGGAGCUGUCAUGAAGACGAGGCGUUAUCCGGAUCGUGGAGUUCCAUUUUGUCCAGUGGGAGCAAUAAUAAUAUACCAAAAUCGGUGAGCUCAUUGCACUACAUACCCAAAAAGUCGAUAUCUGACUCGAACAUCUCGCCUGUGAACAUCCCGUUUGAUGGGAGCUUGAAGCCCGACAUGUUGGCCGCCGAUAGUCUUUUGAGCAGCUUGAACAAAGACAUGCGUACAACAAGGCUGCAGGACCAGAAGACUCGUGUAAAGGGUCUGACAGUGUCGAACUUUGCUCGUGCGUUUAGGGUGCUCAAGAAAUCUAUCCACAGGACCUCUUACUCGGUUUUGUCACAUCCUGGGUACUUAUCCCCCAGAAUGACAGAUGACGCAGUUCCAGGCCUUGCGUGUCACGAGAGAGCAGACGAAGAUUCACAUUUGGAAGGACUUGCGACGCACGAGUGCGCAUCAGGAGAUUCGAUGCAUCCAGCACUGGAAUUGCCUUGUGGGAACGAAUACAGAGGCAGGGACUCCCGUAUGAACUCAUCUUUUCUCCGGCUAUAUGCCAUCGAUUACGAGGCGCGGUGUCGAAGCACCUUGCCCUCUUCGUAUUCAAGUCGGGAGUUGUCGUUCGUGAUAAACAAGUCACGUGCGUCAAAGGAGUUCCACCGUCGAUACAACAUCAUUAGCGUAUCGAACUUGUCUCGAGAUAAGCUAUGGGACAAUGUUAUACUUCCACCCCGGAUUGACGAUUGUCCGUGCGCAUAUAUCGACUCGUCGAGCUACGUGUAUGUGGACGACAACAAGAAAAAGGUGGCCGCAGAAUGCGGCCAUUACUACACCAAACCAGCAGGGAUCUUGAGUAAUAGCAGGUGUUUUUACAAUGACCAAUCCCCGCAGGGCGGGAACACUAAACUGCAGUAUACCGUCAAGGGAUGGUGUAACUCGAGGUGGCUCGAUUGCAGUAAACAAUAA